GGCACAGUCCGCCCCGCGAUGGGGAGCCGGCGUCAGCAGCACCCGGGACCCUGAGGCCCCGGCCCCCGGCCCCGGCUAGCUGGGCGCGUUGGCGAGGAUCCGGCGAGGCCUCGGGACGCGGGUUGCAGACGCGGGGCGGGGCCGGGAGAACGCGGGGUGCGCGCGGCUGCCCACCCCCCGGGCGGGCGCAGGACUCCGGGGCGGGCUGCAGCGCCUAGCUGGACAGUGGGAACGAGCUGCGGGAGCCCCCUGAGGCAGCUGCCUACCCAGAAAAAUGCUGGAGGCUGGGUGCGGCCCUCGGCCAGCCAACCUGUUUUUCCUGUUCCCUGCAGAGUUCCCAGCAGCCUGUCCAGCACUGUGCAUUCAUGAGUGAGGAACCCGAGCAGGCAGUGUGCAUCCUGACGGGCGAUGGCCGAGGCAGACCUGGCUCUCUGGAAUGACACCGGCAAUGGCACGUGGGCUGGGGAUGAACUGGGCUACAGGUGCCGCUUCAAUGAGGACUUCAAGUAUGUGCUGCUGCCCGUGUCCUAUGGCAUCGUGUGUGUGCUGGGGUUGUGUCUGAAUGUCGUGGCGCUCUACAUCUUCUUGUGCCGCCUGAAGACCUGGAACGCCUCCACCACGUACAUGUUCCACCUGGCUGUGUCGGACUCGCUCUACGCAGCCUCCCUGCCUCUGCUGGUUUAUUACUAUGCCCGGGGUGACCACUGGCCUUUCAGCACCGUGCUCUGCAAGCUGGUGCGCUUCCUCUUCUACACCAACCUCUACUGCAGCAUCCUCUUCCUCACCUGUAUCAGCGUGCACCGGUGCUUGGGCGUCCUGCGCCCUCUGCACUCCCUACGCUGGGGCAGAGCCCGCUAUGCCCGCCGGGUGGCAGCGGUUGUGUGGGUGCUCGUACUGGCCUGCCAGGCCCCCGUGCUCUACUUUGUCACCACCAGCGUGCGUGGAGUCCGCAUCACCUGCCACGACACCUCGGCUCCGGAACUUUUCAGCCACUUUGUGGCCUACAGCUCUGUCAUGCUGGGCCUGCUCUUCGCCGUGCCCUUUGCCAUUAUCCUGGUGUGUUAUGUGCUCAUGGCACGCCGACUGCUCAAGCCAGCCUACGGGACCACGGGUGGCCUGCCCCGGGCCAAGCGCAAGUCAGUACGCACCAUUGCCCUGGUGCUGGCCGUCUUCGCCCUCUGCUUCCUGCCUUUCCACGUCACCCGCACCCUUUACUACUCCUUCCGCUCCCUCGACCUCAGCUGCCACACCCUCAAUGCCAUCAACAUGGCCUACAAAAUCACUCGGCCCCUGGCCAGUGCCAACAGUUGCCUUGACCCUGUGCUCUACUUCCUGGCUGGGCAGAGGCUUGUCCGCUUUGCCCGGGAUGCCAAGCCACCCACAGACCCCACCCCUACCCCCCGGGCUCACCGCAGGCUGGGCUUGCACAGGUCUGGCAGAAAUGACACCAAGAGGAAAGAAGUGUCACUCAGUAGUGAUGACUCUAGGCAGACAGAGUUCACACCUGCUGGGAGUGAACAUACAAAGGACAUCCGGCUCUAGGACCUGAGCCCCUCGGGCUUGUGCUAGUUUAUAUGACAUAGCUGUAGGGGACCAGGGCUUGUUUAAGUGAGAAUCGGGGGAUCAGAUUCAGAGGAAGGCAAGCCUCAGGUCUGAUGCUACCUGAUUCCCAUGCAGGUGUCUGGCCGUUCCCACCACCGUACCGAGGCUGGAGUUCAGCCUGAAGUCAAAUGGUUCAAAGAGGAAGGUGACUUAGCAAGGUCACGUAGCAGAGUCUGGGCUUGAGCUAGCUGGAGUGAGGGCGGAGUUACAAGGGACCCACAGGACCCUGGUAAGUAGUCAGGGCUGAGUUUGCACGGUGGUUUGAGGUGGGACUAGGUACCACAGUGAACUCAGCUCAGAGGAGUGUACCCGGCCCAGGAGAUGAACAUCUGGGGACUGAUGUUAUACACCUAUUGGGAAGCUCCCAUAGGCUGGGAGCUCAUUUGAAGCUGUAACUUAUACUAAAGGUUGUGUUGCCUGCC